CCAGCCUGGUCCCCCCACUUCCGUUACAAACCACGAGAACCUUCCCACCCAACCUAACCUUUCUUCAUUAACUACCUCCGCGCAUAACCGCUACGUUGGCCCACCGUCCAAGCCAGGCGUGCUAUUUCCCACUAGAGGUCCCCGCAGGGACUGGAGGCCAGCCCGCUCGCCAACAUCCAUAGCCGCCGCCGUCGGACCGCCAUCCAUCUCCAACUGCGCUGGGCUUCCUCACAUGUCCAACCCGACAGCGCGGAGAUCCCGCAACGAGGACUUCAGCUCGAGCCAGGAACGAACUGUCUAGAUUUGCCUGCCCUACAAACGAGGACCCAUCACCACGGCGCAAUAAUGGCGGACCAGUCCAUCAUCCGAAUCACCAAGGAGCUGAGUGACAUCCAGAAGAACUCGGAUUUGUCGCUCGCCGUUGCCUGUCGGGAUGUCGACGUCAGGAAUGUGAAGGCCAUGAUCAUUGGUCCCCACGAGACGCCCUACGAGUUUGGAUUCUUCGAGUUCACCUUCAGAUUCGGCAAAGACUAUCCUCGCAAAUCGCCUGCCGUAACAGCGAUAACGACCAAUGGAGGACGCACUCGCUUCAACCCCAACAUCUAUGCUGCUGGCAAGGUCUGCCUAUCUAUUCUAGGCACGUGGAGAGGCGAGCGGGGUGAGGAGUGGUCGGCCGCUCAGGGGCUCGAGUCGAUAUUGUUGUCGAUUCAAAGUUUAAUGUCUUCAAACCCAUACGAGAACGAGCCGGGAUUCGAGGACGCCAACGAGCCUUCGGACAAGAAGAACCAAAAGGACUACGUUCAGAAGAUCCGCCACGAGACCUUGCGCAUCAGCGUCAUCCAGAGGCUAGAGGAGUACCUAGGCAUACAGGCGGAUGGGUCCGUCCCGCCGUCAGUAACCUUGGACAAGGAGGAGGAAGACAUGGAUCUGGAGGAAAUAGACGACCCGAAUGUGCCAUUUGAGCCAUUUAAGGACCUGUGCAAACGCCGGUUCCUGUGGUACUACGACUCAUAUCUCAACAGCAUCCAGAAGGCGAAGGAAGAAGUCAAAGACGGCCAGGCAUUCGUCAGAAUGCCAUUCGAGGGCUCACACAACUCAAUGGAGGGAAAAUUCAACUACUCGGAGCUCGAGAGGAGACUAAGGAACAUCAAGCAGGUCCUGGAUGCUGAGGCAAUGGGCUGGGCUGCCGAAGGUCUUACCCCCAAGGCCAAGGAUUCCACGGUGGCUGUCAACUUGCAGCGGCAGUUCGAGCAAAUUGUCGAGAACUUCAAGCGCAACGACAUCCCACACAACCUGGAACUUGAUGAGAAGAACCCCUUCGUCUGGGUGCUUACCUAUUUCGGAGCCCCCAUGACGAAUCUCGACGGUGGUUUAUUCCGCAUCACCAUUCGAUUCAGCCCCCGAUUUCCCGAGGAGCAGCCGCGCGUCAACUUUGACACCCGCAUCUUCCAUCACCGGAUCGCAGCCGACGGGACCGCCUGCUACUUCGCCCCGGUGACUCGCCGGGAGGAUGUCAAGUCACAUAUUGACGCCAUCAUCGAGGCGCUGGAGGAGGAGCAGCCGCCGUACGACCCCAGAACUCUGGUCAAUCCCGAGGCGUUCAAGCUUUAUUGGGGCUCGCCCGAAGACCGGAAGAUGUACAAUCGGCGUCUGCGGCGGUCAGUACAGCAAUCUCUAGAGGACAUCUAAUACGUCUCAUAGAUACCGCUGCUACCACCGACCACUCCCACCACGACGACCCCCUGCGCUAGUCACAUGUACCUUUGUAUGGCUGCGUCAUUCUUCUUUCCAUUGUUAUUACUUAUCUUCAUGUAUCUUCUCGGCACCGUCACGGCGUUCGCGUUACAUGCUGGCUGGGUUUUGGCCGGACAUACCAGGUAAUUGCAGGAAUAUUGAUGCCUGCCGGCAUCAUGUGCGUUCUUUUUUAUCGUCUCUCUUUUCACCCUGUCCAUCAUGGGUAAGUAAGCGAUGCGUCUGCUAGGUCGCCGACAUGGGCCGGGGAAUGGGAGGCUAUGCACUUUGAUAGGGUUGUGUGCCCGCCACCUCCAACACCUGGUGUCUGCCCGAAAAUCCCCUGUUCCGAACUUGACCAGUGCAGAGCAUGCUUUCAACCACGGGUGAGGCUCAUGGUUUGAUACAGCGCCUUGAUGAAGAAAGCGUCAUGGAACAGUAAUCACAAUGAAUGGUAUGUAAAGAUGUUACCAGCUCCCGUGACUUGUGAUGAAGGCAGGGAGAAGAUCAUCAUUUGGUGGCAUCUGUUAGUGGAUUUCAAGGGGAAUAAGUUUUUUUUGGGUCCGCUAGAUAUGAGGACGCCCAUGAGGACUGGAUUGUUCGUUGCUACGCAUCCUAACUGCCGCCUGAGUACCCAUUUCUAAUAUCCGCGACAGAUUUCCAAGCUCGUCGGCCUGCAUUUUUAUCAAGUGGGUGGUUUUGGCUUCUUGGGCUUCUUAUCUAUCCUGUCGCGACCGGGC